AUGACUCUUGUAAGAAAUGAUGGAGACUUGUUGAUUGAUGGACAGUUUGUAGAUGAUCAUAAGCUUAAAGAAUUUCUCUAUGGGAAGGUCAGAAUGAUAUGCAGCUUCCGAGGAACUGUACCGCAAGGCUUGGUCCUGGAACUAGGUGAAACUGUCCAGAUCCUAGAGAAAUGUGAAGGUUGGUACAGGGGUGUUUCCAUUAAGAAGCCAAAUGUAAAGGGGAUUUUUCCUGCAAACUAUAUUCACUUGAAAAAGGCAAUCGUCAGUAACAGAGGGCAAUAUGAAACAGUUGUUCCACUUGAAGAUUCUGUUGUGACUGAAGUCACAGCAACGCUGCAGGAAUGGGCUGUCCUCUGGAAACAGCUGUAUGUGAAACAUAAGGUAGAUCUUUUCUACAAACUGCGCCAUGUGAUGAAUGAACUCAUUGACCUACGUAGACAGCUGCUGUCAGGUCACUUGACACAGGAUCAGGUGCGAGAGGUCAAGAGACACCUCACAGUGAGGCUGGACUGGGGCAAUGAACAUUUGGGCCUAGAUUUAGUUCCUCGGAAGGACUUUGAGGUUGUGGAUUCAGAUCAGAUCAGUGUUUCAGAUCUUUAUAAAAUGCAUUUGUCAAGUAGACACAGUGUCCAGCAGAGCACGUCACAGGUGGAUACAAUUCGUCAGCGUCAUGGGGAAGCUUGCCGUAUGCCAGUGCCUCAUCACUUCUUCCUCAGUCUAAAGAGCUUCACCUACAAUACAAUUGGAGAAGACACAGAUGUCUUUUUUUCUUUGUACGAUGUUCGAGAAGGCAAGCAGAUCAGUGAGAGAUUUAUGGUGAGGUUAAACAAGAACGGAGGCCCCAGGAAUCCGGAGAAGAUAGAUCGAAUGUGUGCGCUUUUCACAGAUCUCAGCAGCAAGGACAUGAAGAGAGAUUUGUACAUAGUUGCCCAUGUAAUUCGAAUAGGUCGCAUGUUGCUAAAUGAUUCAAAAAAAGGGCCCCCUCAUUUACACUAUCGCCGCCCCUAUGGCUGUGCAGUAUUGAGCAUCAUGGAUGUACUUCAGUCAAUCUCUGAAAUAAAAGAAGAGAAGGAUUUUGUUCUCAAAGUUUACACGUGUAACAAUGAAAAUGAAUGGUGCCAGAUCCAUGAGAAUAUUAUUCGCAAGUCCAGCACUAAAUACACAGCACCCAGCUCAAACUAUGGACUUAUAAUAUCUCUUCAGCUUCUUCGUGGCGAUAUGGAGCAGAUUCGAAGGGAAAACCCCAUGAUCUUUAACAGAGGCGUUUCUGUUACCAGGAAGCUGGGUUUCCCUGAUGUUAUAAUGCCAGAGAUGAAGAUAGUUGGGUGUGAUAUCCGCAACGACUUGUACCUGACGUUAGAAAAGGGAGACUUCGAAAGAGGGGGGAAGAGUGUGCAGAAGAACAUUGAGGUGACCAUGUACGUGCUCUAUGCAGAUGGAGAAAUCUUGAAGGACUGCAUCAGCCUGGGCUCAGGAGAGCCAAGCAGGAGCGCGUACCACUCGUUUGUCCUUUACCACAAUAACAGCCCUCGAUGGGGGGAAAUCAUCAAGUUGCCCAUCCCUAUAGACAGGUUCCGUGGGUCUCACCUCCGGUUUGAGUUCAGACAUUGCUCCACAAAAGACAAGGGAGAAAAGAAGCUCUUUGGUUUUGCAUUCACUCCAUUGAUGAGGGAUGACGGCACUACCUUGUCGGAUGAUAUCCAUGAGCUUUAUGUUUAUAAGUGUGAUGAGAACAGCACGUUUAACAAUCACGCGCUGUACCUGGGGCUGCCUUGCUGCAAAGAGGACUACAAUGGUUGCCCCAACAUCCCUUCCAGCCUCAUCUUCCAGCGCAGCACCAAAGAGACCUUUUCCGUCUCCACACAGCUUUCUUCUACCAAACUGACCCAGAAUGUGGAUUUGCUUGCCCUUCUGAAAUGGAAAGCUUACCCAGAUCGUGUGAUGGAUAUUCUAGGAAGACUGAGACAUGUCAGUGGCGAGGAAAUUGUUAAGUUCCUACAAGACAUUCUCGACACGCUGUUUGUAGUUUUGGAUGACAACACGGAGAAGUACGGCCUGCUGGUCUUCCAGUCUUUGGUAUUCAUCAUAAAUCUGCUGCGUGACAGCAAGUAUUUUCAUUUUCGACCUGUGAUGGACACUUACAUUCAGAAGCACUUUGCAGGAGCUCUCGCUUACAAAGAGCUGAUCCGAUGUUUGAAGUGGUACAUGGACCGUUCAGCUGAGCUUGUACGCCAGGACCACAUCCAGGAAGCAAUGAGAGCCUUGGAAUAUCUUUUCAAGUUCAUUGUCCAAUCUCGGAUCCUUUACUCCAGAGCUACUUGUGGAAUGGAGGAGGAGCAGUUCCGCUCCAGCAUCCAGGAGCUUUUCCAGUCCAUCAGAUUUGUGCUCAGCUUGGACAGCAGGAGCUCUGAGACUCUCAUCUUCACACAGGUUUGCUAUUUUCUACACUAUCUGGCAAACCAAAAGGCUGCUUUGCUGAACUCCUUCCCCGCUAUCUUUGAUGAGCUGUUGCAGAUGUUCACGGUGCAGGAAGUAGCAGAGUUCGUGAGGGGCACGCUGGGCAGCAUGCCCAGUACAGUACACAUCGGGCAGUCCAUGGAUGUUGUUAAGCUACAGUCUAUCGCACGCACUGUUGACAGCCGCCUGUUCUCUUUCUCAGAGUCCCGGCGCAUCCUGCUGCCUGUAGUUCUUCACCACAUUCACCUUCACCUACGACAGCAGAAGGAGCUACUUAUCUGCUCUGGGAUCCUCAGUAGUAUCUUCUCCAUAAUCAAGACCAGCUCUUUGGAAGGAGAUGUCGUGGAGGAGGUUGAGAUGAUGGUGGAAAGCCUCCUGGAUGUACUUUUACAAACUCUGCUUACAAUCAUGAGUAAAUCGCAGUCUCAGGAGGCGGUAAGAGGGCAGCGUUGCCCGCAGUGCACAGCAGAAAUCACUGGAGAGUAUGUCUCCUGCCUUUUAUCUUUGCUUCGUCAGAUGUCAGACACUCAUUUCCAGCAUUUACUGGACAACUUCCAAAGCAAGGAUGAACUAAAGGAGUUCCUCCUGAAAAUUUUCUGUGUAUUUCGGAACCUGAUGAAAAUGAGUGUCUUUCCUCGAGACUGGAUGGUGAUGAGGUUGCUUACCAGCAAUAUCAUAGUUACAACAGUUCAGUACCUGUCUUCUGCACUGCAUAAGAAUUUCACGGAAACGGACUUUGAUUUUAAAGUGUGGAACUCGUAUUUCAGCCUGGCAGUUCUGUUUAUAAACCAGCCAAGUCUCCAACUAGAAAAUGCUACACCAGCUAAGAGGAAGAAGAUUCUGGAUAAAUAUGGCGAUAUGAGAGUGAUGAUGGCAUAUGAGCUCUUCAGCAUGUGGCAGAACCUGGGUGAGCAUAAGAUUCACUUUAUUCCGGGAAUGAUUGGCCCCUUUCUUGGUGUUACACUUGUUCCACAACCAGAAGUCCGGAAUAUCAUGAUCCCCAUCUUCCAUGACAUGAUGGACUGGGAGCAGAGAAAGAAUGGCAACUUCAAACAGGUGGAAGCUGAGUUGAUCGAUAAGCUGGACAGCCUGGUAUCUGAAGGAAAAGGUGAUGAGAACUACAGGGAACUCUUCAGCCUGCUAACCCAGCUCUUUGGGCCUUAUCCCAGUUUGCUGGAGAAGAUUGAGCAGGAAACAUGGCGGGAGACUGGAAUCUCUUUUGUUACAUCAGUUACUCGUCUCAUGGAGCGUCUACUUGACUAUAGGGACUGUAUGAAAGGAGAUGAAACAGAAAACAAGAAAAUUGGCUGCACUGUUAACCUUAUGAAUUUCUAUAAGUCUGAAAUUAACAAAGAAGAGAUGUACAUCCGCUAUAUCCACAAGCUCUGUGACAUGCACUUACAGGCUGAGAACUAUACAGAGGCUGCAUUUACUUUGCUUUUGUACUGUGAGUUGCUUCAGUGGGAGGACAGACCUCUGAGAGAGUUCCUGCAUUACCCAUCUCAGUCAGAGUGGCAACGUAAGGAAGGUCUGUGCCGUAAGAUUAUCCAUUACUUCAACAAAGGGAAGAGCUGGGAGUUUGGAAUCCCACUGUGCAGAGAACUGGCCAUGCAGUAUGAAAGUCUCUAUGAUUAUCAGAGCCUCAGCUGGAUUCGGAAAAUGGAAGCUACCUAUUAUGAUAAUAUAAUGGAACAGCAGCGCUUAGAACCUGAGUUCUUCAGAGUUGGUUUUUAUGGUCGGAAAUUCCCGUUUUUCCUGCGGAACAAAGAAUAUGUAUGUCGGGGCCACGACUAUGAGAGGCUGGAAGCCUUCCAGCAGCGGAUGCUGAGUGAGUUCCCACAAGCCAUUGCAAUGCAGCAUCCAAACCAUCCAGAUGACUCUAUAUUGCAGUGCGAUGCCCAGUAUUUACAGAUCUAUGCAGUGACUCCCAUCCCAGACAAUAUAGAUGUGCUUCAAAUGGACCGUGUCCCUGAUCGCAUAAAGAGCUUUUACCGAGUCAACAACAUCCGGAAAUUCCGCUAUGACAGACCUUUUCACAAAGGCCCAAAGGACAAGGAGAAUGAAUUUAAGAGCUUGUGGAUUGAACGUACCACUCUGACCUUGACUCACAGUUUGCCCGGGAUCUCUCGUUGGUUUGAAGUGGAGAGAAGAGAACUGGUUGAAGUAAGUCCUUUGGAAAAUGCCAUUCAAGUGGUUGAGAACAAAAACCAGGAGCUGAGAACACUGAUAAGCCAGUACCAGCAUAAACAAAUGCAUGGUAACAUUAAUCUUCUCAGCAUGUGUCUGAAUGGAGUGAUUGAUGCAGCUGUUAACGGGGGAAUUGCACGGUACCAGGAGGCCUUUUUUGAUAAAGAUUAUAUCACAAAGCACCCUGGAGAUGCAGAGAAGAUCACACAGCUCAAGGAACUGAUGCAGGAACAGGUGCACGUCUUAGGAGUGGGUCUGGCAGUCCAUGAGAAAUUUGUACACCCAGAAAUGCGUCCACUGCAUAAGAAACUGAUAGACCAGUUCCAGAUGAUGCGAUCCAGUCUGUAUCAUGAGUUACCUGGUUUGGAUAAGCUGAGUCCAGCCUGUUCAGGCAAUAGUACACCACGCAGCAAUGUUCUGGUUUCGCAUGGACCUAUGAGCCCAGAGAGCAUAAAGCUGGUGCAUCGACACAGCCCACUGAACUUGCUUGGUUCAGUCCGACACUCAUCCUCCUCUCUGUCGUCCCACACCUCCAGUGAAACAGGCAACCUGGUGAUCCUAACGGACAGUUCUGUGGGGGAGACUGCUGAGGAUAUGUACCACAUGCAGGCUAGCCCUUCCACCUCAAGCCUGAGCUCUACUCACUCGGCACCAUCCCAGAUGAUUAACUCUGCCCCUUCCAGUGCUCGAGUGCUGGUGAAAGGUGCUGGAUUGACAACACUGGAGGCUGAAGCCCUCUAUUUAUCCACAGAACAGAUACAGCAUGGGCGGCAGCCGUGCAAGCUUCCCCACGCUGCCCCCACCAAUGUGCCUCAUCUCUGUCCUGGAGGGACCACCUCUAGAGGCUCUCCCUCUCUACCAGAUAAGUACCGCCACUCUCGGGAGAUGAUGAUGUUGCUGCCCGCCCAUCGGGACCGACCGAGCAGCGCCAUGUAUCCCGCAGCUAUCAUGGAGAACGGACAGCCUCCAAAUUUCCAGCGCGCCUUCCUCCAGCAAAUGAUCGGACCAUGCAAACCCUGCAGUGACCCCAACCUGUCUGUGGCUGAGAAAGCUGUGCCAGCAGCACCCAGUAGCUGGAGCCUAGACAGCGGAACCAGAGAGGCCCUGCCAUUCCUGUCUGCCCACGUUGGGAGCAUCUUGGCCCCACCAGUACCUCCCCGAAGCCUGCCCCAUGGACACUACUCACUGCACUUUGAUGCCUUCCAUCACCAGCUCAGUGAUGCUCCUCCGGCACUGCCUGCACGAACGUUGCGCAAGUCCCCUCUUCAUCCUAUCCCUGCAUCACCCACCAGUCCGCAGUCUGGUCUAGAUGGAAGUAACUCCACCUUAUCCGGCAGUGCCAGCAGCGGUGUCUCUUCCUUGAGCGAGAGUAAUUUUGGACAUUCUUCUGAACCACCCCCUCGCACAGACACCAUGGAUUCGGUCCCCAGCCAGGCCUGGAACACUGAUGAAGAUCUAGAGACACCCUACCUCCCUGUCAGGUACAGUCUCUCUGAGCCUGAUGUCCUAGAGUCGCUCAAAUCCCAGCCAUGCCGAAGCCACUCUGCUCCAUCUGGAGUCAUUCCUCAGGACACCAUGGACCCUCCUGCUCUACCCCCAAAACCUUACCACUCCCGGCUGCCAAACAUGGAGAACGAGGAGGGGAUGAUAAUUGAAGAUGACGACAAACACCGCCCAUUGCAUCGUAAAGUGUCCCAGCCAGUGAGUGGUGGAAAGGAGGAGCAGGCCAGGGUCGCGUGGGAGCAUGGCAUCAGUGAGCAGUAGGGACAACUCCUCGCACGUGGCUUGCAUCAUCAUUCCAGGUCUGACUACAAAGGAGAGAGAUAAGGACUCGGAGAACAGCAAACCGAUUUUCUACUGCUGCAAGUUUGUGUCUGGAGCCCACAAAAGGAAUUGGGCCAGCAUGGGAGGUUGCUGCUUUCCUUUUUUAAUUUCUUUUUAAACCUUUCCGUUAUGUUUUUUAACUUUCUGUGCAGUGGACAGUUUAUUCCUUCUGCAGUUUCUUAACCACAUCAAAUGGCACACAAGCCAUCGAAACUUGCAGAAGCUGAAAAAACACGAUUUUAAGCGGAGGGGGAAAAGGGGGGGGGAAUGUGGCAAGUUGAUUUUGAAACUGCUUUCCUCCCAGUUCUGAGACGCACAUAAGUAGAAGCAGUUGCACUAGGGACA